AUGAAGCAGAGAAACGGCAUCUCGUUUGGAGCUGCUACAUCCUAUGUACAUCUAGAAAAGCUAUGUGAAGGAUCCUGUGCAACUGUGUACAAGGGGAUCAGCAGUAUCUAUGGCCAGUUAGUGGUGUUGAAAGUGGUCAGGCUGGAGGCAGAGGAGGGAGUGCCCUUUACAGCCAUUCCAGAAACUUCUCCCCUCAAGCAUUUGAAACAUGCCAACAGUAACAUUGUACUGCUUCAUGGCAUUAUCCAGACCAAGCUGAUAAUAACAUUUGUCUUUGGGUACAUGCACACAUAUCUAGCACAGCAUAUGGGCCAGCAUCCUGGAGGACUUCAUUUGUGCAAUGUCAUGCUCUUCAUGUUCCAGCUUUUGUGCGGCCUGGCUUACAUCCACCAAUGACACAUUCUUCACCGUGAUCUGAAACCCCAGAACUUGCUCAUCAGUUGCCUUGGUGAGCUCAAAUUAGGCGACUUUGGUGACCUUGUUCAUGCCAAGUCCAUCCCUAGACAGACAUACUCCUCUGAAGUGGUGACACUCUGGUACUGUCCUCCUGAUGUGUUGCUUGGAGCUACAGAUGAUUCUUCUGAUCUAGAUACCUGGAGUGCAGGCUGUGUAUUUGUUGAAAUGAUCCAGGGCCAGCCAAUAUUUGCAAGAAUUUCUGAUACUCGUGAACAGCUGGCGAAGGUCUGGGUGGUAUUGGGGGUCACAACUGUGGACACCUGGCCAGGACUUUGCAAGCUCCCCAACUAUAACCCAGAACUGGUUGCUUCCAGGAGACCUCAGAGACUCUGAGUCAUCUGUGACAGGCUGAGAAGGGCACCAGCAGCAGAGGAUUUGGCCUCCAGGAUGCUUACAGCCUUCCCUCGAGGUGGGAUCUCUGCAAAAGAUAUGCUUCUUUAUGGCUUCUUCAGCCCUCUGCCUCCUCAGCUCUAACAGGUUCCUGCUGGACAACCAGUGCUCACAGUUUCAGGAGUGAGACUGCAACCUGAAAUCUGUGAUGUGUUUGCUUCUUACCAAAAAGGCCAUCUCUCAGGAGGUUCAGGGAAGUUUUGGUAGAAAGCAGGAAUGAUUGACUAGUUCUUGGGUAAGCGUGUAGUUGCCGCUGUCAAAGCUGCUUGCGUCAUGCUUAGCACAUGAAUUUCUUUGCGUAUUGAAGGUGGGAAAACAGAACUGACACCCAGGGCUCAAUGACCACAUCCCAGGCUGAGGACAAAGUGGGAUAUCUCACAUUCAGAGAGAAGAGAUCAGCAAGCCAAUGGCCCCCAAUGCUCAAUGCUCACUGGAAUAGAAGGUUUGGGUUUGUUUCAUCAGAUUCCCAAGUCUCAGACCAGUGCCCUUUCCUCUAACGCCUCCCCAGUCAAAAUAUUGCUUCAUUUCCCCAUUGCUUAAACUGACCAAAUUGCUUUGUUCACCUUUGUCCUUGUCUACUGCGUUCACAUUUUAUGGCUUACUUGUUUUGGUUUCACACACAAUGGAACCUGAGCAGAGCUAGGC